AUGCUGCGUGGCGUGCGGGGAUGGCUCGCUGAUUGGCAUGUGCCGCGCUUCUCGCUCGAUGGCCUCUCCGGCUCCGUGCAGGAUGCGCUGGUAGGGUUUCUGGUGCGCACGACGCUGGGGCGGUUCGUGCGUUCGCGUGAGGAAAGGGGGGCGGACGGUAUGCACCUGCACGGCCUCGAGGUAGACACGGACGCAGUCAACGCGCUCAUGCCCUUAUCAGUGCCAGCGAUGGAGUCGGGGCGUGCAAAUGAGAUGGAGAUCAAGAUGCCAUGGUCCAAUGUGUACAGCGGGAGGAUCGACGUAAAUAUCCGCGGCGUCCACGCGGUGUUUCGUAUGCCGGAAGGCCUCGAUGAGGCCAUGCUCGUCUCGUCGUUCGCACGCGCGAGCAUCGCGCGCGAAUCGCUCGGCGCAUCGUACGUGGAAAUGGCGCAGACGCUCCCAGAGGCGGAGCGUGAUGCACUCGAAAAGACGCUCGAGCAUAUCGGCGUCCGUGCGCAGCGCGACGCGUCGAGCGAUGCAGCGCACGAGCCACACAUCACCGGGGCAUACGUAGACAGCGACGCGCAGACGCCGCUCGCGGCUCUGCUGGGUGCAAUGGGGGGCGCACUCAUGCAGCGGCUGCAUGUCUGCAUCGACGAGCUCGAGAUCGAGCUGCAGCACGACGGCCGUGCGCUCGUGCUUAUUGUGCCACGCGUCGAGCUCGGGGCAGAGGCACACACGCUCGACCUUGCCCCAAUCAAGGUGCUUGUGCGGGGGAAAACUUCGCACGAAAUCGCAACGACCACAAAAGAGACACGCGUCGCUCUCGACACGAAUACAGUGCACGUUCCGCCGGUGCGGAUCGCCGUGGCACCAUCCGACGUUGUCUACCUUGCUGCUUUUGCGCAGACACUCGCGCCAGGCGAGGGCGACAGCGGGCUGUCGUGCAAUGUCGCAGUUGAGUCCAUUCAUGGCUACCUUGCCUAUGAAGAGGAAUGCACGGCGUUCCAACAUGCACUCGAGACGGACAAGGCGAUCCGCCAGGCUCACGUACGCGUCGACGUACACGACAUUACUAUUCGAACCGGUGCCGUGCGCGAAUGCCUUGUCAGGACGGCCACGAUCGCACAUGUUGACGCGACCAAGCACGUCGUCCUAGCAUCUCUCGACGGGCCGCAAGACGGGGCAGAGGAACCUGCCCACGAAUGGCCGCUCGGCCGCCUCCCGACAUGGGCGCCGACGAAUAGCCACGCAGUUCGCGCGCACCUUGCGCCGGACACGCGCACAAUUGAGCUGGGAAGCAUCCUUCUCCAUGCCGACCCCAAGCCGCUCUACCGCCUCCUUCCGAUCUGGAACGCUAUCGAGUCCAGCCGGCCGCUCAGCGACUCGAUCUGCAGCGACUGCGACGAGGACGUACAGGUCCGUGCAUCGUGCAGUGCCGUACGUGUCACGGUACCACUCGCGCCGUACGACCUGCUUCUCGACGCACGCCGUGUCCAGGUGCGCUCGGACGCUCGCGGCUUGCAUGUGGCACUGGGUGACGUGAGCCUCGCCGAUGCUGCCUUGCGCCGCAUCGUGCAUACGACCGGAGCCACAGUUCACGUCAAAGACCAAGCGCGUCUGGCUCUUGGGCGUAUAUGCCUUGCUGCGGAUCACAAGUGUAUCGAGACGCUCAGCAGCGCAGCAAGCAUCCAGAUUCCCGAGUCGUCGGAGCCGGCGCUGCCGCUGGACAUCGCGGUCGACUCGGUCGACGCCGAGCUCCUAAUGGACAAAAAGACACUCAAGGUGCGAGCCAGUGCGCUGCAGGCGCGUACUCUCCCAAGCCUCCACGCCGAGGUCGGCUCGCUCCAGAUUGACGGAGAGCAUACGUGGGUCGAGGCAAUGGGAGCUGAGCAUCCCAUGUUAGCCAUUGACCUCGUUGAACCGUCGCCUGGGGCUAAUUUGCGCGAAGCAUGCGUCGUCGUGAACGACUGCCGCCUGCUGGUGCCUCGCAAUGUCCUAGACUGGGCAGCCGAGCUCCAGAUCCUGCUCUCGCCAUUGAGCAGCACACCGUCUCGCGAACGCACACGCGUCAGCUGCGUCCUUCGCUCGAUCCAGCUCGUAGGUGCUGACGAUACCAAGGCGUGUGGGUGCACGCUCGACGUCGUGUCUGUGCAGAUGCAGCAGGACGGUUUCACGUCGGCUUCGGUCCAGUUUGGCGAGGCGGCGCUGGUCCUACACGGCGACGAGGCUGUACCGCUAGGACAUAUCCGCGACGUCCAUAUCAAUGCAAGUGUAGGAGACGCCUCAACGGUGGAUGUGCUGCAUGCACGGCUCGGACUUGCUGCGAGCGCAGAAAUGCUCCUCGACGUCCAACAUAUUUUCGAGGAGUACGUUCCAAAAAAGGAGACAACACCUGGAGUGCAGGAAACGCCACAGACGACGUCUUUGGACACGGACCCGGUGCAGGAUUAUUCGUCCGAGCUCGCCGAUGUCGAGCAGGAUGCUUUUUGCGAGCCGGUUGCUACAUCCCUUGAUGAGCUGCCUGCCCCGCACGCCGCACCGGCCUAUCUGCUCUGCUAG